AUGUUAAACCUGUCAACACUCCAAACCUACCUCACACAGCUACUCUCACCCGCUGACACCAUUCACACUGCGCUCCUUCUUACACCAGAGGGUGCAAUCGUCUCUUUUGCCUGUUCUGGGUCUUCUCAGACGAUGUCUUUGCAGCGGUCGAAAGACGAGGUAUGGAUAUUGGCUGGGUUGAGCGCUGAGGUGUGGGCUGAGACGAGGAGUGAAGAAGGGGCUGAGAAGGGGAUAGGGAUGGCUGAGAGUGAGGUGGGUCGUCACUUUUCUUUUCUUCCCGAGUACACGCGACGUUGUGUUUGCACACGCAUACUUCUCUCCUUUCUUGGACGAAUAGUUGUCGUCCCUGUCGAUGACGCUAGUCCGGAAUUACAAGAUGAGAGAGAACCGCUACUUUUACUCGCUGUGAACGGUGGCGCAGAAGCUAAUUGGAAGACUAUGUGUGCAAAAGCCAAAAAACUAGGAGCAUACCUCGCACCCUCUGUGAACAAACACCGCGGUGCUAUCGAAGCAUCUCCAUUGAAUCGGACGCCAGCUAAGAGCCGGACGAGGAGUACGACUACAUCACCAGGGGGAGUUUUACGGUAG